CUGCCCCCUGCCCCGCCGAUCGACCGACCUCUGCUCGCAUCGAACAUCGAAGCAUCCCACAUCCCAUCCUCGUCGUCGACGACAUCACCGCCACCACACCUCGAGUUCCGAUCUUGUGACUCAUAUAACCUCGAGGGAAUCUUUAAUCUUGCCGUCGUCGCUUCUACCUAGUCCUCGUCCCCCCAACAACUCUCGACUCUCGAUCGGACUUUUCGCUCGUCCCGAAUCUAUUUUCCUCUCAAACAACCACUAGAACUUCUCGAUCGCGAUCCUACGGAACUUUGCUGCGAUGCUCCGUCAGUUCUCCAAGAGCAUCUCUAGGAGCCAGGCGGCUUCCAAGUCUAUCCAAAAGCGAGGGUUGGCUUUUGCCUCGCCGUCUCACCGUGCCAAGGAGGCUACCAACUUUGGCCAGCACAAGGGUUACCCCGUCAUCGACCAUGAGUUCGAUGCCAUCGUAGUCGGAGCUGGAGGUGCCGGUCUCCGAGCCGCUUUCGGUCUUGCCGAGGGUGGAUUCAAGACUGCUUGUAUCACUAAGCUUUUCCCUACUCGAUCGCACACCGUUGCCGCUCAGGGAGGAAUCAACGCAGCCCUUGGAAACAUGACCGAGGACGACUGGAGGUGGCACAUGUAUGACACCGUCAAGGGAUCCGACUGGCUCGGUGACCAGGACGCCAUUCACUACAUGUGCAAGGAGGCUCCCAACGCCGUCAUCGAGCUCGAGCACUACGGUCUCCCCUUCUCCCGUACCAAGGAGGGAAAGAUCUACCAGCGAGCUUUCGGUGGUCAAUCGCUCAACUACGGAAAGGGAGGACAGGCUUACCGAUGUGCUGCCGCCGCUGACAGGACUGGUCAUGCCAUGUUGCACACCCUGUACGGUCAAUCGCUCCGACACAACACCAACUUCUUCAUCGAGUACUUUGCUCUCGAUCUCUUGAUGGAGGACGGCGCCUGUGUUGGUGUCAUCGCCUUGAACAUGGAGGACGGUACCUUGCACAGGUUCCGGGCUCACAACACCGUGCUCGCCACCGGAGGAUACGGACGUGCCUACUUUUCGUGUACCUCGGCCCACACUUGUACCGGAGACGGUAACGCCAUGGUCGCCAGGGCUGGGCUUCCUCUGCAGGAUCUGGAGUUUGUCCAGUUCCACCCUACCGGUAUCUACGGUGCCGGUUGUCUGAUUACCGAGGGAUCGCGAGGUGAGGGUGGAUACCUCUUGAACUCGGAGGGAGAGCGUUUCAUGGAGCGAUACGCUCCUACCGCCAAGGACUUGGCUUCCCGAGACGUCGUCUCGCGAUCCAUGACUUUGGAGAUCCGAGAGGGACGAGGUGUCGGUCCGGAGAAGGACCACGUCUACUUGCAACUCUCGCACUUGCCCGCCGAGGUCUUGCACGAGCGAUUGCCUGGUAUUUCGGAGACUGCCGCCAUUUUCGCCGGUGUGGAUGUUACCAAGGAGCCCAUCCCCGUCCUGCCCACCGUGCACUACAACAUGGGAGGUAUCCCUACCCGAUACACCGGAGAGGUCGUCACCGUCGACAAGGACGGCAAGGACCAGAUUGUCAAGGGUCUUUACGCCGCCGGUGAAGCCAGUUGCGCCUCCGUUCACGGAGCCAACCGAUUGGGAGCCAACUCGUUACUCGACAUUGUCGUGUUCGGUCGUGCUGCCGCCAACCACAUCCGAGAGAACCACAAGCCCAACACACCCCACAAGCCUUUGGAGGACCUUGGAAAGGCCAGUAUCGCCGAGUUGGACCGACUGCGAAACUCGAACGGACCUUUGCACACCUCGGCCGUCAGGUUGAACAUGCAAAAGGCCAUGCAGAGCGAUGCCGCCGUUUUCCGAACGCAAAAGUCUUUGGACGAGGGAGUUGAGAAGAUGACCGACGUCUUCCGAUCAUACGAUAAUGUCGGAAUCAAGGACCGAUCGAUGAUCUGGAACUCUGACUUGAUCGAGACUUGGGAGUUGAGCAACUUGUUGACCAACGCUCAGCAGACCAUCGUAUCCGCUGCCGCAAGAAAGGAGUCCCGAGGUGCCCACGCACGAGAGGACUUCCCCGACCGUGAUGACGACGAGUGGAUGAAGCACAGUUUGACCUUCCACCGAGAUAUCACCAAGCCCGAUAUCGAGUUGAGCUACAGGAAGGUCAUUGGCACGACCAUGGACGAGAACGACUGCAAGGCCGUCCCCCCUGCCAAGCGUGUGUAUUAAGCAGUGUGUUUUGUAGAUUUCGAGGGCUACCCAAUGACAUGAAUGAACUAGCAUGAUGACGUCUACCGCUGUUCAGACGCUGCAAUAUCUUGCGCAUCGAUUUCUCAUGAACCUCGAGGCGCGUGUGAGAUUGAUGAAUACCGAC